UGCAUUUUUUAUAAACAAAAGGGAAAAUGCUCAUUUUACGUAACCAGGCUGGAAGAGAGAGGCACUAAACUUUAUCUUCCAUGUGGACUCAGUCACCCAGCACGUUUUAAGUUCACCCAGACAGCGGCAGAAACUGCAAGGGGGAAACGCCACUCCUCGUAACUAAGCGAGGGCCACCUUUCUCCUGAGCGCCAGUGGGAUGAGACACUGCGCUGCAGAAGCUCAGCCGGCUGCUGCGGUGGAGACCGACGAGAAGACAAGAGGAGGACCGAAACCGAGCCGCCCGCCGCCGCCGUCCGUCCGCCGCCUCUCUCACGACGCACGGCACCGGAUGAAAGCUCCGCAAAGUGGAUGAGAAAGGGGGGUCACUGGCACUCGGAAAGGAGCCGGACGCCAAAGAGAAAUCGUUUGAGAGGAUGUACUGUUCAUGUGGGCUCACCACCAGAUAGAGAGGCACAGACGAGGAGGACCCUCACUGGAUAUCCCUGUUUACCCACUGCCAUUCCGCUGUAGAGAGAGACCGCUUUCUCCACACAAAGCGCAAAGUGAGACGAAACGACUUUUCUUAUUACUAUUCCGUACAGCUUUAAUGAAGAAGCGGACCUGCUAACAUUCCUGCAGAAGGGACCCUCCUGAACAAGUAUGGGGUCACCAUGGAAACCACUUCUCCUCCUGUCUGUCAUCAGUGGCCUUUCAGACUUCGCCAAAGCUGUUGCAGCGCGGCCUGUAUCAUACGCAGCAGUGUUACGAAUGAAAGCAGACAGCUCUUCGUCGUUGCUCAGCUCACGGAGCAGACCUCGACAAGACUACAGCGUCGGGCUGGUGACUCCUGACUGGCCGACUUUCUCCAGUCACCACCUGUCAGCCCUGAGUCUGCUCGGCUCUCAGGAGGACUACAGGAGUGAAGAGAGUGAAGAAUUUGGGCCAGUCUUUAUGCAGGAGCCAGACGAUGUUAUUUUUCCUUUGGAGUCUGACGAGAAGAAGGUGAUGAUGAACUGUGAAGCACGGGGGAAUCCACCACCCACAUACAGCUGGUUCGUCAACGGGACAGAAGUAGACGCGGAGACGGAUUACCGCUACAACUUUAUCGAUGGAAACUUAAUUAUAACAAAUGCGAGUGAGAUCACCGACUUUGGGAAGUACCAGUGCAAGGCAGAAAACAGCUACGGGAUCAUCCUAAGUCGGGACGCUCUUUUGCAGUUUGCCUAUCUAGGUGCCUUCAGUGCCAAGACCAGAGGGGGGGUGUCUGUGCGCGAAGGCCAGGGCGUGGUGCUCAUGUGUACCCCUCCCCCUCACUCUCCAGAAAUUAUCUACAGCUGGGUGUUCAAUGAGUUCCCCUCGUUUGUCGCUGAGGAUAGUCGACGCUUUAUCUCCCAAGAAACUGGGAACCUGUACAUCUCCAAAGUGCAACGCUCGGAUGUGGGCAGUUACAUCUGUCUUGUGAAGAACACGGUGACCAACGCAAGGGUCCUGAGCCCGCCGACGCCUCUGACGCUGAAAACAGAUGGUAUCAUGGGUGAAUAUGAACCCAAAAUUGAAGUGCAUUUCCCUACGUCUGUUCUGUCUGCCAAAGGAGUCACUGUGAGACUGGAGUGCUUUGCCCUGGGGAAUCCUGUCCCGACCAUUACAUGGAGGAAGAUCAACGGCAACAUCCCGAAAAAGGCAAGACUUCGGAAGUCGCAGGCUGUGCUGGAGAUUCCCAACAUUCAGCUGGAGGACUCGGGAACGUAUGAGUGCAAAGCCGAGAAUCCGAGGGGAGGCACCGCUUUCAAAGGCCAUCUCCAAGUCUACACCCUCCCACAGUGGACCAGAAUGAUUAAUGACACUCAGAUGGAUAGUGGAGAGAAGCUCCAAUGGGAGUGCAAGGCCACGGGGAGGCCCCGGCCCACCUAUCGCUGGCUUCGCAACGGUUCGCCCUUGACACCGCAGAGCAGAGUUGAAAUGUUGAACGGAGAGCUGACCAUUCACAAAGUGCAGCAGACGGAUUCGGGAAUGUACCAGUGUGUGGCGGAGAAUAAAUACGGAGCCAUCUACUCCAAUGCUGAGCUCAAGAUUUUAGCAUCUGCACCUGUCUUCAUCCCCAAUCCCAUGCGCGUCAUCGCCACUCUUGGAAAAGACGUCUCGCUGGAGUGCAAACCCAGGGCUUCACCCAAACCACGGAUAACCUGGAAGAGAGAGGACCGAAGGAUACAGCCAAGUAAAAGGAUUAUGUUGUUACGGAACAACACUCUGAGAAUUGUUAACUCCAGCCGAGCGGAUGAGGGGAACUAUGUGUGCCGGGCAGAGAAUCAGUUUGGCUCGGCGGAGAUGACUGCCAUGCUGUGGGUAAAAGAGGCCAUGCGUGUGGAGCUUAGCCCGAGCAGGGUGGAGGUGACCGUGGGGGAGAGCGUGGUGCUGAGCUGCAAGGCGACACAUGACACGUCGCUGGAUGUGGCCUUCCAGUGGCUCUUCAACCAGAAACCAAUCAACUUUCAGCAGGACGGCGGCCACUUUGAAUACAUCCAAACAGUAAGAGCAAGAGUAAGAGCAAAACAGUCCUCAACAGUGGAUCUCAUGAUUAGGAGCAUUUUGCUGAAGCAUGCUGGGAAGUAUGGGUGCCGCGCCCAGACCAGCGCUGACACCGUAUUCGCCGAGGCUGAACUGCUCGUUAGAGGUCCCCCUGGACCCCCUGGAGUGGUGAUAGUGGAGGAGAUCACAGAUACCACGGCCACUCUGUCCUGGACUCGUGGGCUGGACAACCACAGCCCUAUCAGCACCUAUAAUUUACAGGCCCGCAGCCCAUUUUCAUUAGGCUGGCAAACCGUCCGAACAGACCCUGACCCGGUCACAGGGGACAUGGAGUCAGCCAUGGCCGUGGAGCUCAAUCCCUGGGUGGAGUAUGAGUUCAGAGUCGUGGCCAGCAAUGCCAUCGGGACCGGAGAUCCCAGCUCACCCUCGAGAAGCGUUCGGACUAAAGAAGCAGUCCCGUCAGUCGCACCGGCAAACGUCAGCGGAGGAAACGGCCGGAGGCAUGAACUGGUCAUCUCCUGGGAGCCCGUUUCCGAGGAGUUUCAAAACGGCGAGGGCUUCGGGUACAUAGUUGCUUUUCGUGCCAACGGAACCCGAGGCUGGAAGGAGAAGAUGGUGACUUCGGCGGACUCCACCACGUACAAGUACAGAGACGAGACCUUCCCCCCCCUCACCCCCUUUGAAGUGAAGGUGGGCGUGUACAACAACAAGGGCGACGGGCCUUUCAGCAAAGUCGUCACCGUCUACUCCGCUGAAGGGGAGCCCAGGGAGGCCCCAUCCGACGUGAAAGCUUCCAGCAUUUCUUCCUCGGAAAUAAGGGUCACUUGGAAGCCGCCCAAUCCUGGCCCUGGAAGACCAAGGGGAUAUGAGGUCAGCUACUGGAAAGAGAUGGAGCAGGAAGAGUCGGGAAUAAAGCGAAGAACUGCGAAAAACGAGACCUCCAUGGUUUUAACGGGACUAGAGGGCAACAGUGUGUAUCUCAUCACAGUGAAAGGCUUCAACAGCAUCGGCCAGGGUCCCGCCAGCGCCGCUAUCACAGCCAAGACCAGGAAAGCCCCUCCGGCCCAGCCUCCAAGCAACCUCAUGUGGAUUCAAGAGGGCAACAACGUGUCGCUGAGCUGGGACCCAGUGAAGGCAAAGGACAAUGAAUCUGAUGUCAUCGGGUACAUGGUGUUAGUGCGACAGGAGGGACGAGGCCACAAUCAGGUGACAAGAACCAUCAACCCGUCCACCAUGCUCUCACUGCCUGAGGGAGGCACCUAUAUCAUCGAGGUGCGCGCAAUCAGCGAAGGGGGAGAGGGAGCAGUCAGCUCCCAAAUUCGAGUCGUCACCUCCUCUGGAGUUCGAGCAAAAAGCAGCCAGUGCUCGGUGCACUGCCUGCCACAGAGCCUAACAUGGACAGCACUGCUCGUGGUUCUUCUGGUGCCUUCAGCUUCCUGGUGAGGCCGCUGUGCCACCCUCUAUGGAGGGAGCCAUCCAGUCCUCUGCUCCCUCAUUCCCUCAGACUGUCUGCUUGUUUCGGCCUUACCCGUCCCAAAGGGCCCGAGGCCUGCCGAGGGGGUUGCGUCUGCCAAUUAACAGAUGGUUUUUCAGAGCUCAUCACUUUAUUUCCCUGUUUCUUUUUGGGCCCCUAGACGGUUGGUUUGCACAGUUCUUUCCAACAUCACUGUAGUGUUGUACUGUAAUGUACAUUGUGCGGAAAGAUUUGUUUAAUCAUUUACUUUAACUUCAUGCGUUUUCCCAUUGACUGGCAUCUAACUACUUCCAGACGGCUCCUACAGCUCUGGGGCUCCACAGAGCAUGAACAAUUCCUCGAAAGCUGCUGUGGUAGUAAUACAGGGAUCAGCCGGGCUGCUUCUUUUCAUUACUUAUCUGCAUCAAUUUACCCCUUGGCUGCCUAACAAGCAAUGCAGCAGAAGCUCAGUAGAGAUAAGUGCAUUGUUUUCUUAUUCACACAUUGAGAGAAAAAGUUUUUUAUGGUACCAAGAAUCUUACUAUUUCCAGACUUGCUUUUUGUACAUUGUGUUACCUUUAGAAAACAACAGUGGUGUGUGUCAGCUACGUCAAAGUUUCUGUUUUUUGGUAGCGAAAAAAGCAAUGCUUGGUGAUAUGUUGACUGUUGGAUGUAUGGAGGUAGAAAACAGGUACUUACCUGUAGUGCCCAAACACAUCAUUAGUCAAAGACAAACUCUGUACGGACUCAUGGUGUCAGUACAA